AUGGUACAAAACGGCACACCCCUUCCCGCCAAGCUCGCCGGUCCGCCUCUGAGUGACCGCGACGCCGUCGCGGACGCAUGCUACCGCGCGUUCCUGUCCAUCGACCAGUCCAGCGAGGAGCUUCUCAAGUCGAGCGUGACACCCGACGUCUACACCGAUAUUGCCUUCAAAGUCUGCAACGGCUAUGACGAGCUCAAGACUAAGGUGUGGGAGAAUGUUAGCGACCGGGUCGACACGGUCCACUACCUCACCAACGUGCGUGUUAGCCUCGACACCGAGACCACCGCCCGCGUAACAUUCAGCGCUAUGGCUGUGCACUGCGUACUCGGCAAGGGUUACGAGCCGGAUUCUGUGAAGUUUACCACUGGUGCAUUCUACAACUGCGACGCUGUCAAGGUGGACGACCUUUGGAAACUGAAGAUGAUGAAAUCUAGCCAUGUUUGGUCCACUGGGGAUCGAUCUAUCAUGAAACCACCCCAGUGA